AUAGUGGAAUCGAACGAUUGGAUUCAAAAACAGAAUGUGAUUUGUUUUGAAAAAUUAUUAUUUAAAUCGUUAUUUGUUAACAAUUGAAUAAUGUCUUCGAACGUAAGACAAUCGGUAACCAAAUUAGUUCCAUUACUUGAACGACUUUCAUUGGUACGCAUCAAUCAAGAUGCUCUUGAACGAGUAAUAAGAUGUGUCGAAUUUUCCAAACAAAUCGAUCAGAUCGACCCGAACAAAUUGAUCAAUGCUAAGCCGAUGAUAUCACCAAGUGCUGAAAAUGAUAAUAAAUGUGUUUACAUGCGUGAUGAUUUAGUUGAACCUACAGAUCGUGUUGAAAUUGUAAAAAAUGCUCAAAAAUUGGUUGAAGAUUAUUUCGUAACACCAUCCAAACAUAAACAUUAUAGUGAUUUAUAAUUUUUUUUUUAAAUAAAAUGUAAUUCCCAAGUCAUUUAUCCCUGAUUAUUAUACAAUAAAGAUUUCUUUUAAUAA